AUGAGUUUGUCGAAGUUUGUUCUUGAUUCUACUGAUUCAAUAACUAAAAAAAAAAGCCAACGUAAUAAAAAGUUAAGAGAGCAAUAUGCUGCACUCUCUGCUCAAGAAAAGGAGAUUCGUUUGGCCAAACAGAGAGAGGCAUACCAAAGAAGGAAAUUAAAUAAAUUUUUUGCGCUUCCUGCUCACGAACAAUUGAAACGAGCUGAAAAAUCAGUUAUUGGGGAGACUUUUCGCGUUCACCGUAACCAAGCAAAGGUUGAAGACGAGCAAGACCGUCUGGCAAAAAAGAGGGAAAUGCGUCGACAGAAACAGAGAGAGGCUUAUCACAAGAAAAAAUUACACCUAUCUUUUGGUACUCAUACAUCGAAAGAUACUGAAGAAAUUGUCGAUACUGCUCCUGCUACUGCAUCAACUGCUACCAUGAGUACCAAUUGCCUGUCGAGUGAAGAUCUAGAAAAUCCUCAAAAAAUGGAGAGUGCCACUUCUACUGCAAACAACAUAUUAUCUGCUAAAGUACCCUCUCCAGAAAAUCUCCAAACAAUGGAAAGUGUCCUUCCUGCUGCAAACAACAUUUUAUUUGCUGAAGUACCAUCUAAUUCUGGAUUAGUUAUUGAAAAGCCAGUUGACACUAAUGCAAAAGAGACGAAUCUAUCCCAGUCAAACAACAAUGACAAAUGUAAAAAACACGUCACUGUUUUCUCAAGUUAUGACAAAGGAUGCUCCUCAAAUACGAAGUCCAGUGAUAAGUAUAUAUGCUCUGGAAACUCUGUUACUCAUUGUUCAGAUGAACGUCAGCUAUGCUCUGGUUGUUAUAAUUUUCUAUCUCAAAGCCUGCAGGAAUUAUCAGAGCAAUCAGCACCCUUAUCUGCCAUACCUCCUACAACUGCACCAGAUAAUGCUAAGACAUCCAAAAUAGCUACACAAGACAAUGGCCAGCAGACUAAAAGUCAAGCUAGAAAUUCUUCACGGCAUUGUUCGGUCAAACGCUCUAGGAAAAAAGUAGCUCCAGCGAAAGGUAAUACAGUCAUACAAGGAAUUGACGCACUUAAUUGCAUACCUCACAAGUCAAAUAAGUUACCUCGGAAGGAAGAUUGUCAAUAUUGUCAUGCAAAAAAGUUCCAUUCUGAAACAACUAAUUUUUGCUGCUCUGAUGGUUCUGUUGUUCUCCAUGACAAUAAAUUGCCCAGUGUUCUUGUUGAACUAUUCACUGCUCAAACAGAAGAAGCGAUUUGUUUCCGUACAUAUGUUAGAACAUAUAACAAUAUGUUUGCUUUCACUUCAUUUGGUGUUCACUACGACAAGGCGCUCUGCAAAAGGAACAAUGGGAUCUACACUUUCAAAAUUCAAGGACAGACUUACCAUUUUAUUAAUCAACUGAUUCCUCAUCAUGGUUCAGGAAUGUAUCUCCAACUUUACUUCCAUGACACGGAUCAUGAGCUACAGAAUAGAAUGGCCACGUCAGACAGAUUAACUGAAAGCCUUGUGAUCAAAAUCAUGGAAGUUAUGAAGACAAAUCCUUAUGCUUGCUUUUUUCGUAGUUUACGAAACGUACCUCAGCUGGAUUCUUAUCAAAUAGUCUUGAAAUCUCACACUGAUAAUGAUCAACGUGUAUUUAACCAGCCAACAGCUUCCCAAAUUGCAGCUCUUUGGGUUGAAGGGGAAAAUUCAGCAAACAUCUAUUCUAGGCAUAUACAAAUAUAUACCAAAGAGGGUUAUAUUCAUCGAAUUCAAUAUUAUUAUGGAUGCUAUGAUCCUCUGCAGUACCCGCUCUUGUUCCCAUUAGGAGAAACUGAAAUGAUUGACAAGGAAGAGGAAGCUAUUCAAGGAUGCGAGAACUCAAAGGAAUAUGUAUCAAUGAGAGAAUACUAUGCUUACAAAAUGCAAAUCAGAUACCAGUGCACACCUAACAUUCUCAACACUGGAAGACUAUUUCAACAAUUUGUAGUUGAGAUGUAUGUAAAGAUUGAGACUCAGCGGUUAGAUUUCUACAGAAGCAGACAGCAAUUAAUACGCAGGGAACAAUUACAAGGGCUCAUGGAUAGUGUUGUUCAAGGACAAUCUCGCGGAGCACAGAUUGGCCAUAAAGUUAUCCUUCCAGCUUCGUUUAUUGGGGGUCCAAGAGAUAUGAAAAGGCGAUACGUAGAUGCAAUGGCUCUUGUACAAAAAUCUGGCCGACCUGAUAUAUUUAUUACAAUGACUUGUAACCCUGCUUGGCCAGAGAUAAAAGAAGCCAUGUUACGUACAGAUGAAGCUCACAACCGACCAGAUCUCCUAUCAAGAGUGUUUCAUGCAAAGGUCAACAUUUUAAAGGAAGAUUUAUUUAAAAAGCAUAUAUUUGGAGAUGUAGCAGCAUAUACUUAUGUUGUGGAAUUCCAGAAACGUGGGCUACCACAUAUUCAUAUGCUUAUUAUUCUGCAGCCGAGAUCAAAAUUAUAUUCGACAGAAUCCUAUGAUCGAAUUGUGUCUGCUGAAAUACCAGAUGAACAAGCAAAUAAACAUCUAUUUGAUAUGGUUCGAAAGCACAUGAUGCAUGGCCCAUGCGGAUCAAAAAAUCCAAAUAACGUGUGUAUGCAAGGCUCAUUUAUGAGAAGGUGCAGAAAUAACUAUCCCAAGAAAUGGACUGGCAGAACAACUCAUGGAAACAACACCUAUCCAGCUUAUAGACGAAGAAAUGAUGGCAAGAAAAUCAUUGUCCGUGGACAAGAACUCGAUAGCAGGUGGGUAGUUCCAUACAACCCCUAUUUACUUGCGAAAUUCAAUUGUCAUAUCAAUGUUGAAAUAUGUUCUACUGUUAAAGCUGUUAAAUAUAUCUAUAAAUAUAUCUACAAAGGACAUGAUAAGAUACAUUUUCAGGUUAACAAUGAUAAUGAACCAAUAGCUAAUAACCAACCAACUCAGAUUGAUGAAAUUACAGAAUAUCAAUCAGCUAGAUGGGUAUGCCCAGUUGAAGCUAUAUGGCGUAUUUAUAGAUUUUCGUUAUCUGAAAUGCAUCCUGCAGUUAUUCAUCUUCAGCUACACCUUGAGAAUUUUCAGUGCAUGACUUUUAAUGAAAAGGAAGAUUUACGAGAUCUUUUGCAAAAUUCUUUCAGGAAAAGAACAAUGCUAACAGAAUUUUUUCGCAUGAACACUACUGAUCCAUUAGCUAAGCAGCUAAAAUGUACAUACAAAGAGUUUCCAGAGCAUUUUGUAUGGUAUCCUGGAAAAAAAUAUUGGGCGGUAAGACAACAAAAAGAUAGCAUUGGUAGGAUAGUUAGUGCCAGCCCAACAGAGGGUGAACGCUACUUUCUUAGACUGUUGCUUACUCAUGUCAAAGCACCAACAUCUUUUGAUGACUUGAAGAUAGUAAAUGGAGUUCAUGUUAGUACGUAUCGACAAGCAACUAUCCUGAGAGGUUAUUUUGAAUCAGAUGAUUCACAAGAACAAUGUAUGGAAGAAGCUGCUACAUAUCAUAUGCCAUACAGUCUAAGGAGAUUAUUUGCAACUUUAUUAGUUUAUUUCCCACCGGUAAAUCCUCCAGCUUUAUGGAACAAAUUUGAACAGGCAAUGUCUGAAGACUACAAUAGGACAUCUACUUUACCUCCUGAACAGAUUCAACUUGAGGUAUUACACCAAAUCAGCAACUUUUUGGAUUCAAUGGGAAAAGACAUAAACAGCUUUUCCUUGGUCUCUACGACAUUGAGAUUCCGAGAUAGAUACACAAAUACAAGAGACACCUUAAGUGAACUCAAUAUUCAAGUAUCGGAAGCAGAUUUAUUAGCCAUUACACAGCUUAAUGCAGAACAAAAAACUGUUUUCCACCACAUAAUGGAUGCUAUCUUUGUCAAACAAAAGGGAUGCUUUUUUAUUGAUAGCCCUGGAGGCACUGGAAAAACAUUUCUAUACAAAGCUUUGCUAGCUGAAAUAAGAUCAAAGGGUUAUAUAGCUCUUGCAACUGCAUCAUGUGGAGUUGCAGCAUCUAUCUUACCCGGAGGACGAACAGCUCACUCGCGCUUCAAAAUCCCUAUAGAUAUGAAUCCAGCUAACAUGUGUAAAGUUAGCAAACAAAGUGCUUCAGCAAAUUUAAUUCGUCAGGCAAAAUUAAUUCUUUGGGAUGAAGCACCAAUGACUCAUCGACAUGGAAUCGAAGGAGUUGAUAAGCUUCUAAGAGAUCUCAUGGACUCCACAGAAUUAUUUGGAGGAAAAGUUAUUGUAUUCGGCGGCGAUUUCAGACAGGUCUUACCCGUAGUCACAAAAGGAAUCAAAACAGAUUUUAUUGAAGCAAGUAUCAUUAGUUCCUAUAUCUGGCCACAACUCACGAAGCUUCAUCUCAGCCAAAAUAUGAGAGCUAUAGCUGAUCCACAGUUUACUGCUUAUCUCCUUCGAAUUGGAAAUGGAACGGAGCCACUGAUCGAUGAUACCAACAUUCACGUGCCAGACCACCUUCUCAUACCCUAUACUAAUGAAGAUGAGUCCAUCAAUAUACUCAUAAAUUCUGUUUUUCCAGAUCUUACAGCUUUUACUAAUGAAAACUUUUCUUUGAUAAAUCGAGCAAUACUUACAACUAAAAAUGAAUUUGUUGAUGAACUAAAUAACAUCCUUAUACAGAACUUUCCUGGACAAGCACAUGAAUAUAUAAGUCGAGAUAAAUCCAUUAUAGAAUCAGAACAAGCAGUCUUAGAAGAUUUCCUUAAUAGUUUAACUCCAAAUGGUUUCCCACCUCAUAAAAUUAUCCUGAAACCAAAUACACCAAUAAUUCUACUAAGAAAUAUUGAUCCUCCAGAAGGUCUCUGCAAUGGCACCAGGCUUAUAUGUAAAUCUUUAACACAAAAUAUUAUACAUGCUACUAUUAGUUGUGGUGAAUUUACUGGCAUUAUUCAGGAACUUUCUUUUUCACUCAUGGAAAGGAAUAUCAGCAAACUCAAUAAAAUUGUACCCAAUAUGCAACACUUGACAGCUAUAGUUCAAGUGUUUGACAAACAAAAAGUCCAAAUAUCAAAGGCUGGAAACAAAUACAAAAAAUUAGUUCUGGUUGACGAUGAGGGAAACAAGGUUGAUGCCAUCAUCUGCAAAUCUGACAUAGAGUUCUUCAAAGAUCAUUUCCAUCUUUACAAAAGGUACAUGAUAUCAAAUGCACGAGUGGAGCGAACACAGUUAGAAUACCAAACUCAUGAGAACCAGUGUAACUGGAUAAUCGAUAACUCUACUGUUGUUGAGGCUAUCCAAGAACCAAACCCUCCGCAGCUUCCUCUCACAAUCAACUUCACUCCUUUCAAGAAAUUCCACCAACAUAUAGAUGAUAACAGCGAAAUAGAUGUCCUAGGUGUUGUCAGUGAAGUUCAUCUUCGUACCUACAAAGGAACAACACCAAAGAGAGAAAUCAUACUUAUCGAUCAAAGUUUAAUGCCUGUAAUCUUGACGCUCUGGGGAGAUCAUGAAAUUGAUGAAGGCCAAACUUUAACCAACAUGGUGCAGAAUAUGCCUUUCAUUGCUGCUCUACGACUCAAAGUGACUUCUUAUCAUAAUCCAGAUAUCUUCACCGCAGCUAUGAAUCUGUCUACGAAAUUUGGCUCUAGCAUUCUAAUAAAUCCACCAAUCCAGCAAGCUUCUGAGAUCAAGACAUGGACAACAAAAAAUGAGUAUCAAAUCCGACAUCUAAUGGCUGACCAAGCAUACAACGAUCGAUCAAGAUUGCUACCAUUACCAGAUGCAGAGGAAAUGACCACAAUAAGAGACUACCUUCAAUUUCCCUUAUGGCCAAUUGUCUGUGCAUCUUGCAACACACGCGUCCAAGUCAGCCCAAGACGUCGAUUGACUGUGCAACUAGAGGAUUACACUGGAAAUAUGACCCUGGAUCUCUAUGGAAAUGAUGCUUCUCAGUUGCUUCCUUUUACAAUACAAGAAAUUCAACAACAGGAGCAACAGAACAAACUCAACUAUCAAGCAAUAGAAGACAGUGUCAGCAGCAGCAUAAUAGUCUGCUUCAUCAAAAAGACUGCUUCAAACUAUGUCUCAGGAACCAACAUGAAAUACUCGGCUAUCAUAGUACACAAACUUCCUAACAUCACCGAUACUUCAGAAAGCAGCUCCAGCGCAAUUAGUGGAGAAAAAAAUACAACAAAAAUGCUCAUCGACUCUCCACCACAGCCAGAGACAACCGAAGUUGUACACACCUGA